AUGCCAAAGGAGAAAGGUCCUUCCUGUGUCGGCGCGCAAAUUAUACGUCAUGAUCACGGGGCUGCCUUGCAAGCGCCUGCUUCUGUGAAAAAAGUUUCAGUACUCAGAGACCAGGCGGAGGUUGCAAGAGGAGAAGAAGGAACGACGCCACACCAAGAAGGCCCAAUUGCAAAGACAGAAAAAUUAGGGGUGAAGCUGGAGAUCCAGCCACGCCAGAAUUGCCCCUCUGCCAACUGGUAUGAACAGCAGCUGAGCAACGGGUAUCCCCUCCCAGGCUACAGCUAUGGCCGCGCAGCAAAUGGCAGUGGACACAGCCUUCUCUCUGUGGGUGACACCCCUGGACACCCAGCUGAGGCAUCGGUGGAGUCUCAGGGAACCACAGCUCUGCCGGAAAACCAAGAUGAAGACCCGUUAGAAGGUCUCAUCCAUCCUCCAGCAUCAGCCUGGGAGACUACGUUUCCUGACAGGCUCAGGUCAGCUCGGUCCCCUGGUGCUGGAUUCCUGCUGAGCAUGAUCGCUGGAGAUCCAGCCUCCGGGAAGCCCUCUUCAUUUGCAUACGAAACCCCAGUGGUUGAUCUUGGCAAAUUCCGCAAGGGAACGCAAUGCCUGGUUCUUUUCCUUGGUGCUGUCUUCAACCCCACCGCCCACCCUCCUUCCAUCCAUUCUAUCCCCCUUUCCCUUCUCCCCUCACGCUUUCCCCCAGGCACUCAGCCUUUUUGAAUAAGUGGCUCUACUUUCACUUAUUAGCUCUGAAACCUGCUAGCAUCCUUGGAAACUGCAGCGUUAGCUCCCCGGGCUUCUUUGUCUUCCUGUUUCUCUGCCACGCUUUUUCAGUUCGGUAUUAUCGCUAACUUCUGGGCACAUACAGACCCAGAAAUGGAAAAACGCCUUGGCCGGGUCCCUCAGUAUCACAUUAUCAGAUGCAAAGAAUCUUUGAUGGUGAGGUAUGUGUUUGCUGGAGUCAAUGGGACAGAGACUGAUGGUGUCGCACAGCCUGUGCAUUUAUGUGCAGGCGACGGGAAGAGGGCACUUGUAAGAAUUUCAGGUUUGCAGGCAAGGGAGGAGGGCAGAGGGAACCUGGGAGUGAUUUUUAAUGUCAAGGGGUCGGGGUUGGUGAGCUACUAAACA